CAGCUGGUGAAGGUCACCAUGGACAGCUCACCUUAUUUCAAGUUGGUUGACCCCAAUGGUGUGUGCCAUCAGAUCCCACCGGGCUCAUUUUGCACUAUAAACAUCCUUUUCACCCCUGAGGGGAGCAAGUUACUUUUCCUGCAGGAUCAUUUCCACCAGCUUGUCUGCAGCAGUGAAAGGGAAAAGGUCUCUGUGCCAAUCCGGGCCAUUGGUGCCCGCCCAGUCUUGGACUUCCCUGACCAGCUGGACUUCUCGUCGUGUCCAGUCAACCACAGCACCCAGAAGACUCUGCUGGUUCACAACACCGGGAACCUGGAAGCCUGUUACAGCCUCAGCACUGAGAGCCCUUUCACUGUCAGCCCAGCCACGGGAACCCUCGAUGUUGGUGAAGCCCAGCAAGUGACAGUGGAAUAUCACCCGCUGCAGACCGGGCACCAUUCCACAUCCCUGGCAGUGCACUGUGACAGAGGUGAAGAUACCCACACCAGACUUCUUGGAAAAGCUAAGGACUUCAACAUCGGGCUGGACAAGUACUCUUUGGAACUUGUCAAGCCACAGAACCCCGGCCAUCCACAACAGAAGUAA